CACGUCUCUCUAUUUUCUAGGCUCUCACUCAUCCCAGUCGGCAGUCCCUCCGGAAUUCGCUCUCUUUUUCCCACUUAUCUAAAACCCUAAAGCCUUCAAUAUCAAUUUCUUUAAAAUAACCGUUAAAUCUGUAAUUACUUUUUAUUCAACACAAUCUGAUGGACGCUCAGCGAGCUCUUCUGGACGAACUCAUGGGUGCAGCUCGAAAUUUGACUGAAGAAGAGAAAAAGGGUUACAAAGAAGUGAAAUGGGAUGAUAAGGAGGUCUGCGCAUUUUAUAUGGUUCGGUUUUGCCCUCAUGACCUCUUUGUUAACACUCGAAGCGAUCUUGGUCCGUGCCCUAGAAUUCACGAUCCAAAGUUGAAGGAAAGUUUUGAGAGGUCCACAAGACAUGAUACUUACGUACCCAAAUUUGAAGCUGAACUUGCACAAUUUUGCGAGAAAUUGGUCAUGGACCUGGAUAGAAGAGUUCGGCGUGGGCGAGAACGCCUUGCUCAAGAAGUGGAACCUGUUCCACCUGCCCCAGUACCUGAGGAAAAAUCUGAACAGCUUUCCAUGUUGCAAGAGAAGAUAAAGAAUCUCCUAGAACAAGUAGAGGCCCUUGGUGAAGCUGGUAAGGUGGAUGAAGCAGAAGCGCUUAUGAGAAAGGUGGAGCUACUUAAUAUUGAGAAGACAGCAUUGACCCAACAUCCCCAGAAUGAGAAGUUGUUGAUGAUGGCUCAGGAGAAAAAGAUGGCUCUGUGUGAGAUCUGUGGUUCUUUUCUGGUAGCAAACGAUGCUGCUGAGAGGACUCAGUCUCAUAUUACUGGAAAGCAGCAUAUUGGUUAUGGCAUGGUUCGGGAUUUUAUUACUGAGUACAAGACAGCAAAGGAGAAGGCUAGAGAAGAGGAAAGAUUAGCAAGGGAAAAGGAGGCAGAAGAGAGGAGGAGGCAAAGGGAGAAAGAAUACGGGAGUAGAAAGAGAAGAAGUGAUUCGGGUGAUAGGGUCAGGUAUCGUGAUCGAGAUCAUGAUAGGGAGCGAGAGCGAUACAGAGAACGAGAUCGGGAUCAUGAAAAGUCUCGGGAAUUGGAUGGUAGAAGUGGUCGGAACGGAGGGAGGGGGAUGGAUUGGAGAUACAAAAAAGAAAGAGAUGAAAACAGGGAAAAGUAUCGUGAUCGUAGCAGAUCACAUAGCCCUGUUAGGCAUGGUUACAGGAGGUCAUCUAGAAGUCCAAUUCGCCCACAUUAGUGGGUUGUGUAGAUAGGUCUCUGAGCUUUGAAAUUAAAUGAGGUAGAUUUUUUUAAUAUCUCAGAGUUUUAUAAAUGUGUGCUUUUGGAGUCUUGUGCUUCAUUGUCAUCAAUCAUCAUCAGUGAAACUUUUUUUGCCAUCUCACAGCUUAUGUUGAGACUAUACAAUAUCUCUUUCAUCAAUUAUUAUUAGAGGAGAAAAGGGUUGAGGUAGGUAUAACUAUAUUGAUGUAACUCUUGUUUUAUCAUUUAAUUUAGAAUUUGGUUAAACUAAAUUCUUUCAUGCAUGGUCACUGAAACAUUGAGUCCCUUUUUGGGGUUAAUUAAUGGCUAAUUGUUCUCGAAGUAUGUGAGAGAACAGGCUCAAAAACAUAUGCUUGAAUGACCCUGCUGCUGAGGGAGGUGUUCUUUUUUCAAUUGUUUAGAGGUAACAUGAAUUUCAUCUUUUGUCAUCACCUCGCCAUAGAUUAAUAUCUCUUGCCAUAUAUUUGAUUUCUUGUCUUUUUAAUUUCCCUGUUUUUCUCGUCUGGGUUUGAAUAAAAUUAAUUUACUUGCAAAUGCUGAGCAGAGAUUCACAAUGCAAUGUAAGCACAUCAUUAUGUUGACCUUUUUGUGAAAAUAAAUUUCCUGUUUUACAGAUCCGGGUAAUUUUGGAGUUAUAAUUUCAAAAGUGGGUGUCAGAUGGUUAUAGGUAACUACUUUGUCUUUGCAAAGUAAUAUUUUGUAGUAUCUUAGUUGUCUCUGUGAAGACAGUUUCUUUAGCAGAAGUUUCUACAUGCAUGAAAAUCAACUUCAGUGAACUGGGAUGCAAGACCAUGUUCAGUAUAGUAGACUUGCGAAUAUAUGGGUGCCUUGAGGUAAUAAAAUUCAUAAUCUUUUGAAUGGCAUAAUCUUAUUUCAGCUUGCAGGAUCAGCAGGUAAUUUGUUUAACCUUGAACUUAGUUUCUGCUGGUUAGUAUGUUCUUGUGUUUGGGUAAUGAUUUCUGCGGGGAUUUAAAAAUUUCAAAUUAUUUCAUCCAAAAUGUAGAUAAAUUGGCAGAGAACUUGUGCUUGUCAUGCUUGAGUUAUAAAUAUUUUAGAGUAAAUUUGUGAGCUCUGAGGGAUGGGGUGGUUUAUCAGAGAGAAAGCACCUAGGCGACUGGACUUACUAAAAUCCUAUAUUUGUAUUUUUAGGAGAAAGAAAAAUAUCGUUGGCAAUCAAUAAUAUAUAUUUUUACUUUUAAUAAUCCUAUUAACGAACCAUUGAAGCUAAUAUGACGGUAGGGCUUGUAGAAUCACCAAGCUGUUUGGAACUCCUAUGGCAAUCCUGAAAAUUACAAUGGGUAGCCAUAGUAGGAAUAUACUGAUUGUUCUUUUGAAAUUUUCAUCAUGUUCAAUUGUGCAUAGCCUCCUAGGGUUGGAAGUAGACCCAUCUGCUCCGAAGUCUCCUGUGCAUCAGAAAUAAAAUAUAAACCAUGAACUUAGUUCUAUCAAAGGAAAAAUACUUUAUCAAUAGAUUGUACCUGAAAGCCUUGUUGGGGAGUUGGAGAAAGAAUGUUGGUGAUUCCAUUUUGAUUUAGAUAGAAAUCCUCAGUUCUGGAUGAGAGUACUUGUUUCCAUUUUCUUAGAGUAGCAACAAUGGCACAAGAUAAGCUGGUCUACCUUGUUGUUUGUCAUGGUGAUUGAAACUGUAUCCUGACAAAACCCAGUUCUCCAAUGCUUGAUUUCUUUUAUAUAGACAAUGGCUGUGGCACCCAUCACAAGUGCAGACUGUGAAGUAGAACCAGUUUAAGAAAAGUCCUUGAUGCUGAGGCUUAUCAAAUUGGUUGGCUCCAAAACUGUUGCUAAAAGAGUGUUAUGGAUGCUAAAGCUAGACUUGUAUAUAAAACCGCUAAUUGCAACUUCCAUGGAGUUUUGCACAGACUUGAUCAAAUUUUACAUUGUUCAAGCCUCAAGGAGGAAAGUAAUGUAAGUUAAGGCCAGAAAGUUGGUCCUCACAAUCAUCUCAUCACAACUAAGUAAAGAUUAAAAUGCCAUGUUUUGUUAGUAAUGCUACAGCGACAAAAACACAUUAGCAUAUUAAGAUGACGGACAGCCCAAAAAAGUGUGGGCAAGGAGCGACCAUGAAACACAUUGGAAAUCUAAGCAGCUUCAAUUCUUUUGAUGUUGAAUUCUUCAAUUAGAUAUACUGUCAGGUCUUGCCCGGUGUUGUGGCUGCCAUUUUUGCGUAGUUAAGCCUUUCGGUGGCUUAGGUCUUGCCAAUUUAUUCGAGUUAUCAUCAAUAUCAGAUAUGUUAAUAUUUCCUUGUA